CUACUCCAGGAUGUGGUCCAGGCCUACAAGAGUCUGCUGAAGGAGAAGGAGGCGCUAGAGGCCAGUCUGAAGGUACUGUCCGUGAGCCAGGAACUGGACCAGAACCAGCCGGGCCCGGACGCCCCCGAGCCGCCAGAGGACGGCCGCUCGCUGCACAGCGAGGACAGCGUGGACACGGCGGCGUCAGGGGACACGGCCAGUGAGACCACCAAGGGGAGCGGGAGCGAGGACGACCCGGGAGAACCGGCAGGAAAGUCAACGACUCGGCGGUUGGAUGCGGACGCCGGCGGCCCGGAGAGCAUCAGUGUGGGCGCGGAGUCUCAGCAACAGGCCACGCCCCCUCCCGGCCCCGAGCCGGAGCGGCGGGCGGCACAGCUGAAGCUCCAGCUGAGCACGCUCACCAGCGCAAUCGCCACGGUGACGCAAGAGAAAUCCCGGAUGGAGGCGAGUUUCCAGGCCGACAAGCGGCAGCUGAAACAGGAAGUGGAGGAGCUGCAGCAGCGGCUGGCGCAGCGCGACACAGACGUUAGCGCCCUGCAGCAGCAGCUAGCGGAGAGCCGCGCCCGCGUCAUCACGCAGCAGCACGAGAGGGCGCAGGAGACCGGCGACCACGCCACGCAGCUGCGGGAGCUGCAGAGGAUCCUGCAGCAGGAGAGAGACCUGCGGCAGGAUGCAGAGCUCCGCCUCCAGGACGCCAACGCCGCGCUGCUCACUAACACACAGGUAGAACCGCUAAAACACGGCUGCUUCUUCUGGGACUCAAUGGUGUCGAGCAGCUCCUUUCUGCCGCCGCCGCCGAAGCUCAUACCAAACUUCUCCAUGUCUCCGACGGGCUGGUCAGACCAGAUCCAUCAGGACCAGGACCAGGACCAGGAUACAGGACCAGGAUCAGGACUAGGAUACAGGACCAGCUCUCAUUUCUCCCGGACCUCCGGAUCUCUCCGUCCCCGCCGCCGAACCGGGACCCCGCGACUGACCAUGGGCCUCACCAUCUCGGCUCUGUUCUCCAAGUUCUUCGGGAAGAAGCAGAUGCGGAUCCUGAUGGUCGGUUUGGACGCAGCUGGAAAAACAACAAUCCUCUACAAGCUGAAGCUCGGAGAGAUCGUUACCACCAUCCCCACCAUCGACUCCGCCAUCGCCGUCGCCCGUCCGUGUCGCAGCUUCUCUUCUCCCGUAAUCUCUGUCCGGUGCUCGGUACCCGGUACCCCGCACCCCCAUGGCCGGCCGCGGGAAACUGAUCGCCGUGAUCGGCGACGAGGACACGUGCACGGGCUUCCUGCUCGGGGGGGUCGGCGAGCUCAACAAGAACCGGAAACCCAACUUCCUGGUGGUGGAGAAGGACACGAGCAUAGCGGAAAUAGAGGAGACGUUCAAACCACGGCGACUCUGACAGCGGGUCUGGAGCGGAUCCCGGACCAGCUCGGGUACCUGGUCAUCAGCGAGGACGGAGUCCUGGCCUCUGCAGGUGAGCUGGAGAACGAUGAGGUCACAGCCAGUGUGAUGAUGCAGAUGGUUCGAACAGCAAGUCGGCUCCGGUUAUCGGGAUCAGCUGAUCCACCCUUCAAACGCAUGUCAGUGGUUUUGGAGGACUUUGUUUACGCGGUGACGGUUUCGGGUCAGAAGGUUUUCGUGGUCAAACGUCAGAACAACCAGCAGGAACCAAUCAAUGCGACGCUGGCUCUGCUGCAGGAGAAGGACCAGGAGCUGGAGCGUCUCCGUGCGGCGGCGUUGCCGUGCUGCAGCGACGCCACCACGGCGCCGCCGGCCGCCGAGUGCUCGCCCGGCCCGGACGCCGAGGGUGACAUCAUUGCGGCGGCGCUGCGGCGGGCGGCGCCCGGCGAGCCCACGCUGCUGCUGUACGCCGAGCAGCUGGCGCGGAAGGAGGCGGAGCUGGGUGCGCUGCGGCGGCAGAAGCACGCGCUGGACGGGGACGUGCACCGGCUGCAGGCGCGCCUGGUGGCCGACGCCGAGCGCCACGGCGAGGAGGCGGCGGCGCUGCGGGGGCAGCUGGACGCGCUGCUUCGGGACCGCGGCCGCGCCGGCGCCAACGUGGAGUACCUGAAGAACGUGUUCUACCGGUUCCUCACGCUGCCGGACGCCGGCGGGCGCCAGCAGACGCUCGGCGCCAUCCUCGCCAUCCUGCACUUCAGCCCGCAGGAGAAGCAACGCGUGCUGCGGCUGCAGGGCGCCGCCUGGUGGCCGGGAGCCCGGUAGACCGCACUGGUGUUACACAAUAAUAAAAAUAAUAAUAGGAAAUAAUUAUUAUUUAAUAGUUAUUAAAUAAUAUGAAAUUAUAUUGUUAUAUAGACAGAGUGUACCGUUCCUUCUGUUCCCCCUAUCAUUCCCCCUGCUCUCGGGCAUUCCCCCCCUCUCAUUCCCCCCUCUCA